GUUUCUACGUUUUUCUUUCCUGAAUUCUCUUCCAUUUUCAAUCUCCCAAAUCUCAGAAUUCCUGAUCCGCUCACAUUGAGAAGACGAACAGGUUUUGGCCUCGAUAUUGAUUCGUUUCUGCUCAGGAUUGACGUAGAUUGGUGGGAAAUUCAGGAGGGGUAUUGCAUGCAACUCGUUUGAAAAUUUUACGAAGAAAGAUGAUGGCGGAAACAGCGACGGCAGCAUCGGAAUCAGCCGAGGAAGUUCCGGUUCGUGAGCUUUGCGUCAAUGGCACUUGCGUGAAAACCGAUGAAUUCGAGGCCAAACUUGAUGAAGGCAACAUUGAAGAGGCAGAAUCUUCUUUGCGAGAGACAUUUUCUCUCACUUCUGAGGAUGCAAGAGCUCUUCUUGGGAAAUUGGAGUACCAACGGGGCAAAAUGGAAGGCGUUCUUCGUGUUUUUGAAGGCAUGGAUUUUCAAGCUGCUAUUCAGAAGCUACUGCCUCCACCUGAUGAAAAAACACCUCCUAGAAAGGCCCGGUCUCGCCCUGGAUCAAUGCAGGCAGUCUCACAACAACCUGCUGGCCCUGUGAUUGAAGCCCUAUACUUGAAAUCCAAGUGCCUUCAGAAGCUUGGGAGAACAACUGAGGCUGCUGAUGAAUGUAAAGGUGUGCUUGAUGCUGUGGAAAAGAUAUUCCCUCUAGGCAUACCUGAAGUGCUGGCGGAGAAGAAGCUGCAGGAGAUACUUAACCAAGCUGCAGAGCUGCUUCCUGAGCUUUGGAAGCAGGCUGAUAACUACAAUGAAGUUAUGGCCGCCUACAGACGUGCCCUCCUCAGUCAAUGGAAUCUUGAUAAUGAUUGUUGCGCAAGGAUUCAGAAGCGAUUUGCAAUGUUCUUGCUGUACAGUGGAGUAGAGGCUGGGCCACCAAGUUUAGCUGCUCAGAUUGAUGGCUCAUAUGUACCAAGAAACAAUCUUGAGGAAGCUAUUCUACUGUUAAUGAUUCUAACCAGGAAAUACUAUCUUGGGAAGACGAAAUGGGAUCAAUCAGUAAUGGACCAUCUUGGAUUUGCCCUGUCUCUAUGCAGGCAGACUUCUGUUUUAGCAAAGAAGUUUGAAGAGGCCAUGCCAGGGGUGUUUCCACGUGAUGAUCGUUGGAAGGCAUUGGCUCUUUGCUAUGUUGGAGCAGGAGAAAAUGGAGUUUCAUUGAAUCUAUUGAGGAAGUCCUUACACAAAGAUGAAAAUCCAGACGACCUAGUGACACUGCUAUUAGCUGCCAAGAUAUGUAGUGAGGAUUCCCUCCUUGCUGCCGAGGGAGUGGAGUAUGCACGGAGGGCAAUAAGUAAUGCUAAUGGGGCUGAUGAGCAUUUAAAAGGAGUCGGUCUUCGUCUGCUGGGGCUCUGCUUAGGAAAGCAAGCUAGAGUUGCUCCCUCUGAUUUUGAGAGGUCUCGUCUUCUGUCUGAGGCGUUGAAGUCACUGGAUGGGGCAAUAGCUUUGGAGCAAAACAACCCGGAUUUGAUCUUUGAGUUGGCAGUUCAGUAUGCAGAGCACAGGAACUUGAGUGCUGCUUUGCACUAUGCCAAGCAGUUCACUGAUGCAACAGGAGGGUCCAUGGAAAAAGGCUGGAGAUUACUCGCUGUGGUCUUGUCCGCUCAACAGCGAUAUCCUGAGGCAGAAGUGGUCAUUGAUGCUGCUUUGGAUGAGACUGCAAAAUGGGAGCAAGGGCCACUGCUCAGACUGAAAGCCCAGCUGAAGAUUGCUCAGUCCUUACCAAUGGAUGCUAUUGAAAUCUAUCGGUACCUCCUUGCAUUGGUUCAAGCACAAAAGAAUUCUUUUGGAAGUACUUCUCAGGGUGAAGAUGAUAGAAUCAAUGAGUUUGAAGUCUGGAAUGGCCUUGCAAAUCUGUACUCCAGCCUUUCACGUUGGAAAGAUGCAGAGAUAUGCUUGGGGAAAGCUUUAGAGCUGAAAGAUUACUCAGUGGAAUCACUGCACCAAAAAGGUGUUAUAAGUGAAGGAUGCGGCCAAGUAGAAGAAGCUAUGAAAGAUUAUGUUGAUGCAAUUCUGCUAGAUCCGGAUUAUGUUCCUUGCUUAGUUUUGCUGAGUGCCCUGAUGGCGAGGACAAGUACAAAGAUGUUGCCUGUUGCCAGAAGCUUACUCUCAGAUGCAUUGAAGCUACAGCCCACCAACUCUAUGGCAUGGUAUUUCCUGGGAGUGGUUCAUAAGAAUGAUGGGAGAAUAGCUGAUGCCACAGACUGCUUCCAAGCUGCCUCCAUUCUUGAAGAGUCUAAUCCCAUUGAACGCUUUGGUUCUAUGCUGUAAGCAACUGUCAUCUAUUAUAUAUCAUCACACGGUAGAAUAUAUAGAGUUGUUUCUCCCUUUUCAUGGCCUACUGAAGUAAAUUUGAUUUAGGAAAAAUGAGGAAGUUAAA